CCAUGGAGACGCGUGGUUCUGGCGGGCACAGUGAGAGCCUGGAGCCCGCCCGGCGCGGGUCCUCGGCUGUUCCAGGCGCAGGUCUUGGUCCCGCGGGCGGAUGGCCGGCCGUGGUGGGACCGGGGCAGCGGAGGAGGACGAGCAGGGCGAGGAGUGCGAGGAGGAGGAGGAGGAGGAAGAGGAGGCGCGGGAAGGCGGCGCUGAGGGCUCCCCGGGGUCUAAACUGCCCCCCAUUGUGGGCACCACCGAGCUGGCCAAACGGAAGGUGAAGAAGAAAAAGAAGAAGAAAAAGGCCAAAGGGUCGGGCAAGGGCGACGCAGAUAAACAUCACAGUCGAAGCCGGAAGAGUCAGCCGCUUUCUACAGCUUUCCAGGACGUCUUAAGUCCCCACAAAGACCAUGCCUCGAGGGCAGAGCCCAGAGACAAAGAGGAGACUAGGCACGCCCUUCCCUAUUCGUGUGGCGUGAGCUACCCCUACGUCACCGAAACCGAGGAGAACCUUUCCAAGGAGAGCCUGCGUUGGGAUGGGAUUCUCACCGACCCUGAAGCAGAAAAGGAAAGGAUCCAUCUCUACAAGCUGAACCGGAGGAAGCGGUACCGGCUUGUGGCCCUCAAAGGUUAUCAUUCGGAUCCCCGCUCAGAGGACAGCGCGGAGAACCUGCCCUACUUCUCAGACAAAGAUUGCGGCCCCAGCAUCAAGCAGCCCGGCUCCAAGGGCGACCAUACGCAUAACUACUUUGAGGCCCCAAAGCUCCUGCACCCCAACUUAGCCACCACUGCGGCAGAGUGACCUCUGUCUGCCCCGCUGCCGAGCUGCUCCUUGCCACACGUUUAUGUUUGGAAAGAAUCAUAAUAAAAAGAAAUCAGACCAGAACCCGAAGGAAGCCGAUGAUUGCGGUGUGAGGUUGGUGCCCGGGUACCAAGGAGUUACCUUCCUUAUUAAGAAAGGUACCCUUGGGACU